UUAUCUGUGAUUCUGUGUACAGCAAUCAAAGAGUAUAUGACAUUAUGACAGCAAUUAAAGCAGCGACAUGAAAUUGGAAAUUCAUAACAAAAUACGUCUUUAGCAUUAUUUUGUAUUAAAUAUACGACAGGGCUAAGUAAUAAUUAGUCUUAUACGCCUAAAAAAUGUCUGACGACGAGGUUAUACGGUUUGAAAUUACCGACUAUGAUUUGGAUAAUGAAUUCAACCCUAACAGAAAUCGGAGAGCUAAGAAAGAACAACAGAUAUAUGGUGUAUGGGCAAAAGACAGCGAUGAGGAAGAUAAUGAAGACAAUAUCAGGCAGAGAACUCGGAAACCGAAAGACUUCUCUGCACCAAUUGGUUUUGUUGCUGGCGGUGUCCAACAAGCAGGAAAGAAAAAAGAGAAGGAAAAUAAAGAAUUAUUAGAAAAAUCAGAAGCAUCUACAUCUCGUCUUAAUUAUGUGGACAGCUCUGAUGAAGAAGGGCAGGCUGUUAAUCCGGAUGAAAGAGAGACUGCUGGCAUCCGACGUGCGGGGCAAGGUUUGAAAGGGAUUAACCUGGGAGGGAGUGUUGGGGCGUGGGAAAAACAUACCAAAGGCAUUGGUGCUAAGUUGUUGUUGCAGAUGGGGUACCAACCUGGCAAAGGUUUAGGUAAAGACCUUCAAGGUAUAUCGGCUCCUGUGGAGGCUACUGUCAGAAAAGGCAGGGGUGCGAUUGGAGCUUAUGGACCAGAGAAAGCUGCGCAAAAAGCAAAGAAGGAAGAGGAACGUCGUUUGAAAGAGAAAGAAGAAGAUGAGAAAGGGACAAAAGACAAGACAUGUAAUUGGAAAAAGUCACAUAAAGGUCGUUACUUCUAUAAGGAUGCUGCAGAUGUCAUACAAGAGGGUAAACCCACCAUGCAUACUAUUAGCAGUAACGAGCUGUCUCGCGUGCCCGUGAUCGACCUCACGGGUCGCGAGAAGAAGGUCCUCAGCGGGUACCACGCGCUGCGGGCUGCCGCGCCGCGCUACGAGCACGAGCCGCGCCGGGACUGCACGCGCUUCGCCGCGCCCGAGCUGUCGCACAACCUGCAGCUCAUGGUGGACUGCUGCGAGCAGGAUAUCAUCCAAAACGCUCGUGAACUACAGCAAGCGGAAGACGAGAUAGUAGUUCUGGAGAGGGACUUCGAGGAGUACCAAAAGAAGUUACGUGAAGAAGACCAGGUUAUUGAGAAGGUGCAGGCUAUAAUAUCGCGUGUCGAAACUCUAAACAAGCCUGACGUGUCAUUGGAAACCGCUUUUGAAGUGCUGUCAGAUUUGAAGGAAACAUUCCCUCUAGAAUACGAAAUGUUCGGUCUCGGUACGAUCGGUGGUAACAUAGUGAGUCCGCUAUUCAGUGCGAUGAUGGCCAACUGGAACCCGCUCCAAAACCCCGAUCUACCGGUGCCUACCUUCCUCAAGUGGAGGCCGCUGCUGGCCGAGGAGUCCUACAACACGCUGCUAUGGCAACACUUCGUGCCUCACAUCGCGACCGCUGCUGAGUCGUGGGAGCCGCGCGCGCCGGGCGGGCUGCUGGCGGCGCUGCAGGCGUGGCGCGGCGCGGCGCCCGCCUGGCUGCUGCGCGCCGCCGCCGCGCGCCACGCCGCGCCCGCGCUGCUGGCCGCCGUGCGCGCCUGGGACCCCACGCGCGACACGCUGCCGCUGCACCGCUGGGUGCUGCCGUGGCACGCGCUGGCGCCCGAGGCGCUGGCGGCCGCCGUGUACCCGCUCAUCCGCUCGCGGCUGGCGGCGGCGCUGGCGGCCUGGCACCCGGCCGACCAGUCGGCGCGCCCGCUGCUGGCCGCCUGGCGCGCCGCCUGGGGGCCGGCGCUGGCGCCGCUGCUGCACCACCACGUGCUGCCCAAGCUGGAGCACUGCCUGCGCACCGCGCCCGUCGAGCUGGUCGGCCGGGAGAACGCGGCGUGGCAGUGGUGCGUGCAGUGGCUGGAUCUGCUGGGCGCGCCCACGCUGGCGGCGCUGGCGGGCCGCGCGCUGCUGCCGCGCUGGCUGGGCGCGCUGGCCGCCUGGCUCAACACGCAGCCGCCGCACGCCACCGUGCUGGCGUCCUACGCGGACUUCCGGAAAAUGUUCCCAGAAGAGAUCCUCAAAGAGCCAGUGGUGCGUGACGCUUUCAGAAAAGCUUUGGAUAUGAUGAACAGAAGCACAGACAUCGAUUCCGUAGAACCGCCCCCUCCGCCGCGUUUCACACCCAUAGAAUCUAAAGAGACCUCCAAAAUCGAUAUCCUGACUUCGAUAGCUUCUCAGAAGAGCUUCUCAGAACUUCUAGAAUCUAGAUGUAUAGAAAAGGGAAUAACAUUUGUCCCCAUCGCAGGGAAGUAUAGGGAAGGUCGACCUUUGUACAAGAUUGGGGAUCUGCAGUGCUAUGUUAUCAGAAAUGUGAUUAUGUAUUCCAAUGACGUGGGUAGGACAUUUGCUCCGAUAGCUUUGGACAGGUUACUGAGUUUAGUUGAAGAAUGACUUAUCGAUAAGAAUAAAUUAUUUUAAUAUA